CUCAACGAGCAGGGGAAAGGGACAUGGCCUGGAGUAGCCUGAUGCUAACAGCGAAGCGGUUCAACAUAUGAAACACCAGUAUAAAUUUAUUCGCUAGAAAAUGGAUGUGGAAAUUUUAUAUAAGGAAAGUAUAAUAGGUUCGAAGAUAUAUGACCCAAACGUUCUAAACUAACACGAUUCCAUAUUUGAAUGGAUACAUUUUAUUCGCUGUCCUCCUGAAGAGGGACUGUCGGAGAGGCAAACAGACUGGAAAUACUGCAUGGAAAUUGUGUUUACAGUUGCAUUACCAGUGAUAUCGAAAUGAAAGCACAUGAGCUUGGCACACGUAACGUUAGUUUAUAAACAAGACAUUUGUUUCUCUGGCCGCAGGUUUUGGUGAGAAUAGCUAGUUAGUUGGUUAUAUCUCACCUUCUGCCCCAUUUCGUGGGGGGGAGCUAGUCUGAUUUUCCUAACGGGUUUCCCUCCUUGAGUCAUUUUCAUCCCCCCAACGUCAGCGACUAAUACCCCCUCAAGUAGCCGAGAUUGGGCGAAUAGCGAGCAAAUACGUCCGCGUUUCUCUGCCUGCUCCCCCACCGAUCUCCUUUCCACAAUCCCCAGCACCAAGAGCUGGAAAGGUCGUGGUAGCUGCAGAACAGGCCCAGCCGCAAAGGCUCGACCUGUCUUCCCCUCCGCCUUCCCAAACGCCCCAUAACCUUUCUCGGACUGGAAUCCAUUCGGAACCAGCAUCGAGAAAGGUUGAGGGGAACGAAGACCACAGGUAUCACAGCACAACUGCUGCCAAAAUGAACCACCACCACACUCCGCAGCAGCAGCAGAAAGCCGGCGAGCAACAGCUUAGCGAGCCCGAGGAUAUGGAGAUGGAAGCUGGAGACACAGAUGAUCCUCCAAGAAUCACUCAGAAUCCGGUCAUCAAUGGGAAUGUAGCAAUGACUGAUGGACACAGCAAUACAGAGGAAGACAUGGAGGAUGACACCAGUUGGCGGUCCGAAGCUACUUUUCGCUUUGUGGUAGAGCGCUUCAGCAGGUUGAGUGAAUCUGUUCUCAGCCCACCCUGUUUUGUGAGGAACUUGCCCUGGAAGAUCAUGGUGAUGCCUCGGUUCUACCCAGACAGGCCCCACCAGAAGAGUGUGGGUUUCUUCCUACAGUGCAAUGCAGAGUCUGACUCCACGUCAUGGUCGUGUCAUGCCCAAGCAAUGCUGAAAAUAAUAAACUAUAAAGAUGAUGAAAAAUCCUUCAGUCGUAGGAUCAGCCACCUUUUCUUUCACAAGGAAAAUGAUUGGGGCUUUUCCAACUUCAUGUCUUGGACUGAUGUGACAGAUCCAGAGAGAGGGUUUAUAGAAGAUGACAAAGUGUCCUUUGAAGUCUAUGUUCAGGCUGAUGCCCCACAUGGAGUGGCGUGGGAUUCCAAGAAACACACUGGCUAUGUUGGGUUGAAAAACCAAGGAGCCACAUGCUACAUGAACAGUUUACUGCAGACACUAUUCUUCACGAAUCAGCUAAGGCGGGCAGUGUAUAUGAUGCCAACUGAAGGAGAUGACUCCUCCAAAAGCGUGCCCCUUGCUCUGCAGAGGGUGUUCUAUGAGCUUCAACACAGUGACAAGCCUGUAGGUACAAAGAAGUUGACAAAAUCUUUUGGGUGGGAAACACUGGACAGUUUUAUGCAACAUGAUGUGCAGGAGCUCUGUAGGGUGCUUCUUGACAAUGUUGAGAAUAAGAUGAAAGGCACUUGCGUGGAAGGCACCAUCCCUAAAUUGUUCAGGGGGAAGAUGGUGUCCUAUAUCCAGUGUAAGCAUGUAGACUAUAGAUCUGAGAGAAUAGAAGAUUACUACGACAUCCAGCUCAGUAUAAAGGGAAAGAAAAACAUUUUUGAGUCCUUCAAAGAUUACAUAGCUGUGGAACAGCUGGAUGGGGAUAACAAAUAUGAUGCUGGAGAGCAUGGCUUGCAGGAAGCUGAAAAGGGGGUGAAAUUCCUGACAUUUCCGCCAGUUCUGCACUUGCAGCUCAUGAGAUUCAUGUAUGACCCUCAGACAGACCAAAACAUUAAGAUCAAUGACAGAUUUGAGUUUCCUGAGCAGUUACCUCUCGAUGAGUUUCUGCAGAAGCCAGAUGUGAAGGACCCUGCAAACUACAUCCUCCAUGCAGUGUUGGUUCAUAGUGGGGAUAACCAUGGCGGCCACUACGUUGUUUAUCUGAACCCCAAAGGAGAUGGCAAAUGGUGCAAAUUUGAUGAUGAUGUUGUGUCCAGAUGUACUAAAGAAGAGGCAAUUGAACACAACUAUGGCGGGCAUGAUGAUGACUUAUCUGUGCGUCACUGUACAAACGCAUACAUGUUGGUGUACAUUAGAGAAUCCAAACUCAGUGAGGUGUUGCAGCCUGUCACAGACCUUGACAUCCCGCAGCAGCUGGUGGAACGCCUCCAGGAAGAAAAAAGGGUGGAAGCCCAGAAGAGAAAGGAGCGCCAGGAGGCUCACCUGUACAUGCAAGUACAGAUAGUAACAGAAGACCAGUUCUGUGGACACCAGGGCAAUGACAUGUAUGACGAGGAGAAAGUGAAGUACACAGUGUUCAAGUAUCUGAAGAACUCCACACUUGCAGAGUUUGUCCAAAACCUCUCACAGACAAUGGGUUUCCCACAGGAUCAGAUCCGGUUGUGGCCAAUGCAGGCAAGAAGCAAUGGUACAAAGAGGCCAGCAAUGAUGGAUUUUGAAGCUGACAGCAACAAGUCUAUGAUUGACUUGAGUGACAAUGAAAACCCAUGGACGAUAUUUCUGGAAACUGUGGAUCCAGAGAUGGCUGCCAGUGGUGUGACAUUACCCAAGUUUGACAAAGACCAUGAUGUGAUGUUGUUCUUGAAGAUGUAUGAUCCCAAGUCAAGAAGCUUAAAUUAUUGUGGACAUAUCUACACACCUAUAUCCUGUAAAAUAAGAGACUUGCUGCCAGUCAUGUGUGAAAGAGCAGGAUUCCAGCAAGGAACUAGCCUUAUCCUCUAUGAGGAAGUUAAACCGAAUUUAACAGAGCGGAUUCAAGACUAUGACGUCUCCCUAGACAAAGCUCUUGAUGAACUGAUGGAUGGGGACAUAAUAGUGUUUCAGAAGGAUGACCCUGAAAAUGACACAAGUGAAUUGCCAACUGCAAAAGACUACUUUAGAGACCUGUAUCACCGUGUUGAUGUGAUCUUCUGUGACAAAACAAUCCACAAUGAUCCAGGAUUUGUGGUAACACUCUCAAAUAGAAUGAACUACUUCCAGGUGGCGAAGACUGUUGCUCAGAGAUUAAACACUGACCCAAUGCUCCUACAGUUCUUCAAGUCCCAAGGGUACAGAGAUGGACCAGGUAACCCUCUCAGGCACAACUACGAAGGCACUCUCCGAGACCUGCUGCAGUUCUUCAAGCCCAGGCAGCCUAAGAAACUGUACUAUCAGCAGCUGAAGAUGAAGAUCACAGAUUUUGAAAACAGAAGGAGUUUCAAGUCCGUAUGGCUGAACAGUCAGUUUCGGGAAGAGGAGAUAACAUUAUACCCCGAUAAGCAUGGCUGUGUCCGAGACCUGCUGGAAGAGUGUAAAAAGGCUGUCGAACUUUCUGACAAAGGGUCAGAAAAACUGAGGCUGCUAGAAAUUGUAAGCUACAAAAUAAUCGGGGUCCACCAAGAAGAUGAAUUACUAGAAUGUUUAUCUCCUGCAGCAAGUCGGACAUUCAGAAUAGAGGAAAUUCCUCUGGACCAGGUAGACCUUGACAAGGAGAUUGAGAUGCUGAUCCCUGUUGCACAUUUCCACAAGGAAGUCUUUGGGACCUUUGGUAUCCCAUUUUUGCUGAAAAUCCGCCAGGGUGAGCCCUUCAGGGAGGUCAUGAGGAGAAUCCAGGUCAUGCUUGACAUCCAGGAAAAGGAGUUUGAAAAGUUUAAAUUUGCAAUUGUGAUGAUGGGUCGGCAUCAGUACAUCAACGAAGAUGACUAUGAAGUAAAUCUGAAAGACUUUGAGCCUCAGCCAGGAAAUAUGUCACACCCUAGGCCAUGGUUAGGGCUUGACCAUUUCAACAAAGCUCCAAAGAGAAGCCGCUGCACAUACCUGGAAAAAGCAAUCAAGAUCCACAACUGACAUUUCUGACCUAACCGGCUAAGAGUAAAGACUUCACCAAAAGAGUUUUGUGCACCACUUUUAACAGCUGCAGAAUCUGGGUACAAAGAAAUGUGUGGAAUCCUCAGCAAAAAGGAUUUAGCUGCUGAUGCUUUUUUUGUUGAAGGCUGUUUAAUUUGACUACUGUAUCUAAUUUCAUUGUUGGUUUGAAAGAGAACAUUGGCUUUUAUCAUAUUGAGGACCAUAUGAACUGAAGCUAUUUUGUGUUUGUUUUUAAUAGUUAAUGGCAAGAAAGCUGCUGCAUAUAGGGAUGGGGAGGUGAAUGAAAAUUUAUCAUUUGCAGUGGUGUUCAGCCCUUGACAUAGAUGGCUGGUUGCCAUUUUUGAUCUUUUAGUGCAACUACAGUUAAAAGUUUGAGAAUAUAUUUUCUGCAAAUUCUGUACAAAAAAAUUGCAUCAAUUAAUGUGUACAUCUUUCCGCACGUUAGCACUUCGGAUUUUACAUUUUUCUCUUAUUAAAAGGAAUCUUUGGGUUCAGUUUUGAUUUCUUCCCCUUACCACCUCUCAUUUUGCCGUGGGUUUGACACAGCUGACACAGUGAUGGCUUCAGUGACUUGGGAGGUUAAGCCGUGUGAUAGCAAGGAGCUGUAAGCAGUAGUUGACUCUUGAGGGUAGAAACUAGCAGAAAUGCAGCCCUUUAGCCCAGGAAUGCUCACUAGCAUAUAGUAAGCUAUUGCCUUUGUAAAUAAAACUUGAAUUGUAUAUUCAUGAAUAUGUAAAAAUGCAAAAUGUUGGAUACAGAUCAAUUCAGAUGUUCAUAUUCUUUAUGUAGUUUUCAGUCCCUGACUUUCCAUAAGUUUCCUUAUUUUAACCAUUCGCUACACACCCCGGCUACUUUGAGUGCAGUAUAAAGAUGACCUCUACAGAUCUUCAGUUUUCCCCAGUUUCCCCCAUGUUGCACCAGUGUACAUUCUCCUGUAUAUUGACCUUUU